AUGACUGAAACGAAGGAAACCUUUGCUUCGUUGGUUGAGUCUCGAUAUCGAGAUGGACAGUCCAGCAAGCGUCCUCUCCCUGAUCAUCUACCACCAGCCCUCGAGACCAUUUUGAAUCACCGGUCCUUUCGGUCAUUCCUGCCAACUCCCUUGCCAUCGGGCACAUUGGAGGCACUUCUAGCUGCAGCUCAGAGCGGCUCCACAUCCUCAAUGAUGCAAACCUGGGACGUAAUCGCCAUUCAAGAUCCCGAUCACAAGAGCAAAGUAGCAAAGCUUGCCGGAGACCAGGAUUUCAUUCGUGAAGCUCCUCUCUUCCUGGUAUUUUGCGCGAACUUGAACCGAUUGGCAAAUAUCUCUCGAAAGCACGACCAGCCUGCCGAGGCUCUCGCCAACAUGGAUCUUUUCCUCAUGGCUUCCAUCGAUGCCUCGAUCGCAGGCCAAAGUGCAGCCAUCGCAGCGGAGUCGUUGGGUCUGGGAAUCUGCUAUGCUGGCGCAAUUCGGAACAAUGCCGAGGAAAUGUGCGAGCUGCUCAAGCUCCCACCCAACACGUUUGGUCUCUUCGGUAUGGCGGUGGGAUACGGCAAUGCGGCAAGCUAUUCUGAAAUCAAGCCUCGGCUUCCCAUGGCAGAGGUUUGUCACAGUGAGACCUGGAGUGAAGACAAUCAGGAGGCAAAUGUUGCAUCCUUUGAUAAGUCUCUUGGGUCUUUCUAUUUUGAUGAAAGGCGGCUUGGUCGCAAAACUUGGAGCGAGUUCGUUGCUCAAAACAUCGCUCCGAGAGAGCAGGAUGGUCGCCAGAACGUGAAGGAGGCUUUGUAUAAACAGUCAUUCAAGCUUCAGUAG